AUGUUCACUAAGCAGUCUCUCGUGACCCUCCUUGGAGGCCUGUCGGUCGCUCUGGCGCAGACUUCCUCUGAGCAAUACCCUUCUCUCGUGGAGAUUGAAGCUGCUCAGGCUACUGUUCAGCCAUACUCCCCUGUCUCCAAUGUCCGGGGUCUUGCCUUCAACCGUUUUGUCAACAUCUGGUUGGAAAACACCGACUUCGACAAAGCUGCCGCUGAUGCUCACAUGUCCGCCCUGGCCAAGAAGGGUCUUCUUUUGACCAACUUCUGGGCCGUCACUCACCCCUCGGAGCCCAAUUACUGCGCUGCUGCUGGUGGUGAUACCUUCGGCAUGGACAACGAUAACUUCAACCAGGUCCCUGCCAACGUUUCUACCAUUGCCGACCUGUUCGACACCAAGAACAUCGCAUGGGGAGAAUAUCAAGAGCACCUUCCCUACCCUGGCUACCAGGGCUUCCGGUACCCGGAGUCCGGCCCCAAUGAUUACGUGCGCAAGCACAACCCCGCGAUCCUGUUCGACUCUAUCACUCAGGAUGCCACGCGACUCCGUCAGAUCAAGAACUUUACCAGCUUUUACGAUGAUCUGAAGAACCACCGUCUGCCCCAGCACAUGUUCAUCACCCCUAACAUGACCAAUGAUGCUCACGACACAAACAUUACCUUUGCUGGUACCUGGUCCUGGAACUUCCUGUCUGAGCUGCUCGAGGACGAGUACUUCACCAAGGACACUCUGAUCCUCCUCACCUUUGAUGAAAACUCUACCUACAAGAUCGGCAACAAGAUCUACAGCAUUCUGCUUGGUGGUGCUGUCCCCGAGCACCUGAUUGGCAAGGAGGAUGACACCUUCUACACCCAUUACUCCGUGAUCGCUUCUAUGUCUGCCAACUGGGGUCUGCCCUCCCUUGGUCGCUGGGACUGCGGUGCCAACCUGCUCAGCUUUGUUGCCGAGAAGACCGGCUACGUCAACUGGGAGGUUGAUACCAGCAACCUCUACCUCAACCACAGCUACCCUGGUCCCCUCUCCGCCAACAGUUACACUCCCAACUGGCCCGUUCCCCUGACCAAGGGAUCCUGCUCCGCCGGUCACGGCAUCCUGAAGGAUGUCCACGAGACCUACAAGAAACUUGCUCCUACCUACAACUACACCAGCCCUGUCCCUUACGAUUCGGCUAGCAAGACCAACGUUGGUGUCAAGUACACUCGCAAGCUGCACUCAUGCGGAAGUGGUCAGAUGGACGAGGAGGAUAUUAUCAUUCAACACGGCAGCCCGCAGUCCUUUCGAAGCUCAAUCUCACAUGGUGCCUCGUCGCAUUCGCCCUUCUCGCCUGCUGUUUCUCCGAUCUCACCUGCGCAGUCAGCGAGUGUGCCAGCUGUACCUCCCACAGAGGCGCUGGGGCUGGCAGAUCUUGACGCUGCGUCUCUAGUUCCCAUGGGCUAUUCUCACCCUGCCAGAAGCAACAGCCAAGGCUCGAUUGGAGAUGUAAUGCCGCGGAGUCUGUCAAUGCUACCCGGGUACAGUCCGGAGUCCUUCCAGUUAUUGAGUCAUUACUUGGCCACUACUGCCGACUGCAUGGCGAAUGGAUCGACGCCGGUGAACCCGUUCCUGGUCCAAAUUGUUCCACUGGCGUUCACCAGUGACCUUCUGCUGCAGCUGGUUCUGACGCAGAGUGCGGCUCAUCGAGCGUUCCGUUGCCGCAACGACUCGGACGAGGUUGCUCAGAGUCACUACACCAAGGCGCUGCAGUUGUUUCGCAAGGGUGUCACCGAUUUUAUUGAUGGGAAGGAGUCGAAUCCGCUCAUGCUUACCGUUGGAGCUUUGUUGAUGUGUUUUACUGAGACCGCCAGAGGAGACAUGAAUGGCACGAUCUUUGACCACCUGUCAGCCGCGAAUUCAUUGCUUAUCCGUCUACUUACCCAGAGCGAUAGCGCGGUCCCGAAAGACCUCAAAAACUUUGUCAUUGAGUACUACACCUACACUGCGACAGUGAGCAUGAUAUCAAUUGAUGCACGGGUCAGCCGUCAGCUCUUCUUGAACUUUGACCUAGAGCAGCGAGCGCGUCAGCUGUUAGAAUCGGAAUACGUCGGUAAUCUCUGCGGCUGCUGGCUUGAACUGCUACUGAUGAUCCCGUGUAUUUUUGACUUGGGACGGCAAUGGAUGAUGGAGGAUGGCCAGCCGAAUCUUCCGACUGCGGACGACAUCGCCAUGUUUGGCUCAUUACAAGCACAAAUCUUACGUUGGGCACCUUAUCCUUCGGUAACCCCCGAGGUAUUCAUGGCAGGACGAAUCUUCCAGCAGGCGAUGCUUCUCUAUCUUUACACGUCGCUGGGUGCUUUUUCACGGGCCGAGCAGGGAAUAUAUCAAGGCCUUAUUGAUGCUGCAAUCACAGACGCGAUGUCUUACCUGAAUCAACUCUCGGCUACAGCUCGUAUCAAUUCAGGACUCUGCUGGCCUAUUGCUGUUGUGGGAUCCUGCCUGUCUGACAUGGACCAACAGAAUUCUUUACGACAGCGCCUGCACACAAUGGUAAACACCUUUGGUCUCGGGAAUAUGCAACGGACGCUACUUUUGUUGGAGCAUAUGUGGCAAGUGCCUCUGGAGGACGCCGGACCAUGGAAUAUCUGUCGGGCUAUGCAGCAGCAUCAAAUCUGGAUCUCGUUUGCGUAA